CUGACUUUUUUUCCAACUUUAAAUAGAGAUCUUAAAAUGGCGAUUUUGUGCACUUCCCAAACUAAAGGCCACGACCCAUGAGCUGACCCGAAUUCAGACCCACGAACCCAAAGCCCGUUCAAUUUCUUCAAAACAGCGGAACCCAUCUGAUAUACUCGCCGGCACGGCGCGCCCUUCCGAAUCAUCUUUGCGAGGGUUCAGAAUUACGAUAUUUUGGGUCCCUUUGCUUUCAAAGGGAAACAACUGCAAUUAUAUUAUCAAAAACUAACAAGGCAAGUGGGCAACUACUUGAAAAUAAAUGAAUUCCAUGAAGCGAUCUAAGGAUCCUUUUGAAGCUGCUUUUGAGGGGCAAGACGACUCACCCCCUGAAUCCCCUGUUGGCAUUGACGAGAAUGAAGGCCAAGACCAAGCUGCAGUUGAUGUUCAUGUUCAUGGAGGUGAUGAUGCUAAUACCGGUUUUCGUGACAACCCUUCAGCAUCUAGAGCUGCAUCAGUCUCUGUUGGUACUGCUGAUCCAAUUAGCAAGCCCAAAGAGGAAGAUGAGGAGGAAGAGGAAGAAAACAUGGAUGUGCAGUUAGGAAAAUUCUCAGCAAGUAGUGAUCCUGACAAAAUGUCUAAGAUGCAGUCCAUAUUAUCCCAAUUUACGGAGGAGCAAAUGAGUAGAUAUGAAUCUUUUCGGAGAUCUGGAUUUCAGAAAUCCAACAUGAAGCGGUUGCUGACGAGCAUCACCGGAAGUGCCAAGAUAUCUAUUCCUAUGACAAUUGUGGUUUCUGGGAUAGCGAAAAUGUUUGUUGGUGAGCUAAUUGAAACAGCUAGAAUGGUGAUGGCAGAGAGAAAAGAUACAGGGCCAAUCAGGCCGUGUCACGUUAGAGAAGCAUAUAGAAGGCUAAAACUUGAAGGCAAGAUUCCAAAAAAAUCAGUGCCAAGGCUUUUCCGUUAGUGGAUGUUGAAGCAACCUGUAGUUUUAUUUCAGGUUAGCUGUCCUCCCUUUGCUUACACCAGUUGAGCCCUUUUAUAUGCCUUUGUUAGAUUGUCAUUAAACCAUAAUUCUUUGCACUUUCAGGUCAAGUAAACAUUGCUAGUCACAAAGUUGUGGUAGUUCUGCCCUGUUACAUGUGGGCUUUGCUUUAAUCCGAGGGAAAAAGUUAACAUUUAUAAAAAUUGACAAGAAAUAGUCUAACUAUAUUCAUACUGCUUCUAACCUGGAACUGAAAAUGUGGCUAUUUAAUAACAGCAUCAUUAUAUCUGUAAGAACCACACGUCUAUCUAGUCACUGUCUCUUAAAUUAGUUUGUGUAUCCUACUAAUACUUUGAAUGUGCGAGACUAUGUAUCAUCUAUUGGUAUUGAACGUUUGGAUGCACUUGGACGAAAGAGAAAAUAUGGAGUGAUGGACCACAAUACUCCAUCCACCAAAUGUUUGAAGGAGGCAAGAUCGACCAAAACUUUUGUUUAGUAUAAAAAGAAACCAAAGGACAGUGCGGAGCAGUUUGGGUGCUCCUCUUUAAUUCUAACUGUGGGCGUCAACUUCUAUUCUCAAUUUAUUCACAUGUUCUAAGUUCUUAUAGUGUUUCUCAUCCUGUGUUUCCUUUUAUCUCAGACUUGUAGCAGCCUGUCAUUUUUCUUGCAGAAAGUCGUCGGACAUCCUUGUAAAUCUUGGAUGAAAAGCUCGAUGACUGAUUAUUUAGGUUUUCUGGAGCUCAAUAUUACCUUUACAAGGUGAGAUGCUGGGUCUUCUUCGAGAUGCUGGUGAUUAUUCGGAGAAUUAACUUUAAGAGCAUUCAGCCAAGUCGAAGAAUCGUGGUACAUCUUGAAGUAUUCAAUUGUACAGUUUAGAGUGUGUAAUACAUUGACUUUCAGCUGUUGCUUUCCUUUUUCCCUGUUCAGAAGGGCAUACUUAGCAAUUAGCAUACAAGAAAUUAUGAAAUUUUUUAGGAAAUGUUAAGAUGUCAAGAAAUGAUCUGGUUAAUGACCAGAUCUUUAACCAUUGGACAAAGAUAAAGUAUAAUAGAACUGGAUCCUUUAUUUCUUUUA